AUGUCCAGUCCGCAGCUAUAUCGUGCACCUGGAGCCUUCUAUUGCAUGCAUACCAUCAUGACUAUCCCCAGCAGGCGACAUGCUCCCAACGCUUGGAUGGGACAACCACGGUCCGCCCUCCUCCACCUCCACCUCCAGCUGCUCCUCGACGUGCACGCGUGA